AUGGUGUUAUGUGAGUGUCGUGAAGAGAUUGACCCUUCCAAAAUCCCACCUGAGAUAAUGCCUAUAAGUGAAGGAAGUGGUUGGAAAACUGUCUAUUACACAGAGCCUCAGCUUGAUAACUUUGAAGAAAAGCUACUUUCCUUUUUGCAGAGCGAAGGGAGAACCUUAGAUGACUUGCCAGGUUUAUGUUCACUCACCAAAGAGGGUAACAGUAACCCUGAAGACAUCAUCCGUGCGGUCGGUGAUGUUAUGACCAGAACAAAUCAACAACAUGACAGUCACCCAUACAGACGUCUGCGGACAUUCUCCGGGGUCAGUCCCACCCCAACUGGAGAAGAGACCUUAGAUAACUGGCUGGAACAAGCAACACUCUUAGUAGAGGAAGGUGAGUGCUCCGACAAAGAAAAACGGCGUUGGAUACUGGAGAGUCUUAAAGGGCCCGCCUUUGAAAUCAUUCAAGCUGUGCGCCUGACUCAACCUGAUGCUAGCCCAAGUGAGUACAUAAAGGCUAUAGAGAGCAUUUUUGGUACAGUAGAGUCCGCAGAAGAACUAUACUUGUCGUUUAGAGCCCUCCACCAACAGUCUGGUGAGCGUUUGUCUGAGUUCCUACGAAGAGUAGAAAAAUCUCUUGUCAAAGUAAUACAGGGAGGUGGUUUACCUGUUAGCGCUGCCAAUAGCGCUCGUUUAGAGCAGCUUCUUAGAGGGUCUACCUCUGAACUCAUGUUGCUUCAGUUGAAAAUUAGGGAGCGGAGUAGUAAUCCCCCUACAUUCUUGAACCUGUUAAGAGAAGUGAUGGAAGAGGAGGUUCGCCAAUUAGCCAAACAAAGCCAUUUGUCACACAUACGUCCUCAGCGUGUACGCACUGUCCAAGCUGAAAAGGAGAAAGAACCUGAAUCAAUCUCUAGGAGUGAACUGCAAGCUCAGAUUCGAGAAUUGAGAGUGCAGCUAGAGCAGAGAAACAACCUACAACCUCAGCCAAUCUCUGAUGAAUCUUUUACAGGUCUGAAAAAGAACCAAAAACAGAAAAAUGAGUCACAGAGUGAAUUGCAAUCGCUAAGGAAACAAGUGAAAGCCUUAGAAAAUAAAAUGAGUGUAAUGGCAGUGAAAUACACAUCAGACCCCCCACGAGAACACACACCUCAGCCUCACCGAUACAAAGCAGCUCCAGUUUACAAGCCCGCUCAUUCCAAAGUUUUUCCUCCCCGACAAGACAAGGAUGAGUUUUUCUGUUAUCGGUGUGGGGAAAAUGGACACAUAGCCACCAGAUGUACUGCCCCUGAGAAUCUCCAGAAAGUUAUUAGAAAGCUUAUACGCUUAGUGCGAGUUUCCCCUUUACCAAACAAAGAGAACCCAAAUCCUGCAGCUGAAGAGCAGCAUGUAGCUAGAACCAAUAAGGUUGAAGUCUCAGAACCUAACACUGACUUACCUGAAGGUCUCGUAGGUCCAUCAUUUAUACACACCAUCAAAGUUAAUGAUGUGGUCUGCAAUGCUCUUAUCGACAGUGGGUCUAACGUGACUAUUAUUUUUGAAAGCUGGUAUAACAAACACUUACCUGAUGUCCCGAUAAAACCCCUCUCUGGUCUUGGACUCUGGGGCCUUUCAGACACUGAGUUUCCUUACAAAGGAUAUGUUGUGGUUGAGAUGGAGUUCACUGAAGAGAUCACUGGUGUAUCGGGACGAGUAGAAGUGCUUGCUUUAAUCUGCCCUGAGCCAAGAAAUCAGCAACAAACCCCAGUAUUGGUUGGGACCAACACAUCUCUGUUUCGCCGCUUAUGGGAGCUGGUGAAGACAAAAGGUGACGAGAACAUUGUGCAUUCAAUGAGGAUUCAGUCUGUUUACGCACCUGUCAAAGCACAAGAGCAGUUUGCAAAAGAUGAAGUCUUGGGACAGAUAAAGUGGAAAGGACCUGGUUUACUCUCAAUUGCUCCAGGUGUAAAGUACUAUGCAACAUGCAAAGUGGAAAGACAGAGUGCCCCAUCCAAAGACCUUGUACUGAUUGAUGCACCCACUGAACAGUUGCUCCCUGCCGGUCUACUGGUACAGCCUGGUGUGCUCUCAGACGCCAACAUAGAUAAUAACAGUUUCACUGUCCUCAUUCAGAAUGAGUCCAAAAGGGCAACUUCCAUCCCAGUUGGGACCAUCGUUGCUGAGAUGUAUGCUGUUGACACACAGAAGUUGGCUGAGAGGCGGAAUGUUUUCUCACUGCAUGAGUGGUAUGUUGGUCGCGCCAAGGGUGUUGAACACCACAUACGCCUGCAUGACCCCAGACCUUUCAGGGAGAGGUCAAGGAGAAUAGCCCCUGCCGACAUAGACGAUGUGCGGCGACACAUACAACAACUACUGGCCACUGGCAUUAUCACUGAGUCCCGUAGCCCAUACGCCUCACCAAUUGUGGUAGUCCGCAAAAAGAAUGGGAAGAUAAGAAUCUGUAUUGAUUACAGAACACUGAACAACCGCACCACACCAGAUCAGUACACAAUGCCACGCAUUGACGAUGCCUUGGAUUCUCUAUCAGGCAGCCAAUGGUUUUCAGUUCUGGAUUUGCGCAGUGGUUACUACCAGAUAGAGAUGGCUCUGGAGGACAAAGAAAAGACAGCGUUCAUUUGCCCUCUCGGUUUCUAUCAAUUUGAGCGCAUGCCACAAGGAAUCACAGGAGCGCCAGCAACAUUUCAGCGCUUAAUGGAAAAGGCUGUAGGCGAUAUGCAUCUUCUGGAAGCUCUCGUAUACUUAGAUGAUAUCAUCAUUUUCAGCAAGACGCUUGAGGAGCACGAGCAACGUCUUCUCAAGGUGUUGGACAGACUAGAGGAGGUCGGAUUGAAGGUUUCUAUUGACAAAUGCCAAUUCUGUCAGCCCGAGGUCAAGUAUGUGGGUCAUAUUGUUUCUGCUAAUGGAAUAGCUACGGAUCCAGACAAAGUGGAGGUAGUAAAGCAUUGGAAAGAGCCUACUCACUUGAAACCGCUGAAGUCCUUCCUCGGAUUUUGCAGUUAUUAUCGGAGGUUCAUUGCAAACUAUUCUGCCAUUGUCCGUCCCCUCUCCGAGCUCACUAAAGGUUACGCCCCCACUUGGCAAGACCCCAAGACUAAAAAAAGUGUUGACUCAAGCAAAGUCUAUUUCAAGCCGUCAGAGCCGUUCGGAGAGCGGUGGACUAAAACUUGCCAGGACGCUUUCGACCGUAUUCGUGACUGUUUGAUCAAUGCCCCAGUGCUAGCUUUUGCUGACCCCACAAAACCGUACAUCUUACAUGUGGACGCCAGUAUGAAUGGUUUAGGCGCUGUUCUGAACCAGGAAUAUCCUGAGGGCCUCAAGCCAGUAGCUUUUGCCAGUCGUAAGCUUAAAGAUUCAGAACACAACUAUCCAGUCCAUCAAUUGGAAUUUCUGGCAUUAAAAUGGGCUGUCGUGGACAAGUUUCACGAUUACUUGUAUGGAGCAAAGUUCAUAGUAAGAACUGACAAUAACCCAUUAACAUAUGUAUUGACCUCUGCCAAACUCAGUGCCGUCGGACAUCGUUGGCUCGCCGCCCUCGCCACCUACGAUUUCACCAUCCAGUAUCGACCUGGGAGGCACAAUGUUGAUGCUGACUUGUUGUCCAGACAGUACUCUUCAGAGGAGACAGAAGAGUGGACUAGUGUUCCACCUAGUGGCAUCAAAGCCCUCUGCAAAAGAGCCUGUGUCAGUGAAGAGGCUGAUGUGCCAGACAGAUUAGUUGAUCAAUUGGGAGCUCCUGCCACCGCAGUACCUGAAGCUUAUGUGUUUCCAGUGAACCUUAGCAUGAAUACACUUGACCAAUUGAGCUCAAAAGACAUUCAAGCAUCACAAGAUAUGGACCCAACAAUUGGACCAUUAAAGAAAGCUCUGGAGAAGAAUAAAUGCUUGACACGCUCAGAGAAUGACUCACCGGAAACUGUGCUGCUCCUUCGUGAAAGCCGCAAGUUGGAGUUAAGAGAUGGAAUACUCUACAGAGUAAAAGAAAAGAUAUGCGGGAAACAGAUCAAACAACUUGUCUUGCCCACAAGAUACCGCCCAAUGGUGUUAAGGUCUCUACAUGAUGAGUGUGGACACUUGGGAGUCGAACGCACCACUGAACUGAUCAAGGACAGAUUUUAUUGGCCGCGAAUGACAGCUGAGGUCGAGCAGUACAUUCGAACCUGUGGUAGAUGUAUCUCCAGAAAGACACUCCCUCAACAUGCCUCGCCCUUAAACCAAAUAACGAGUAAUGGCCCCUUGGAUUUAGUUUGUAUCGAUUUUCUGCAAAUAGAGCCUGACUCUAAAGGUGUUGCUAAUGUGUUGGUAGUGACAGACCAUUAUACACAUUACGCACAAGCAUUUGUUACAAAAAAUCAAAAGGCUAUCACAGUUGCCAGGGUAUUGUGGGACAAGUAUUUUGUGCACUAUGGCCUACCUGCAAGGAUACACUCGGAUCAGGGCCGAGAUUUUGAAAGUCGCCUGAUAAAAGAACUCUUGUCCAUGCUUGGGAUUCGGAAGUCAAGAACAUCUCCCUACCACCCUCAAGGGGAUGCCCAACCAGAACGAUUCAAUCGAACACUUUUAGCCAUGCUUGGUACCCUGGAUGCCGUACAAAAACAACAUUGGAGUCAACAUAUAACUUACCUGGUACAUGCAUACAAUUGCACAAAAAAUGAUUCCACGGGAUACUCCCCUUAUCAUCUCAUGUUCGGAAGGGAAGCAAGGUUACCCAUUGACAUCUGUUUUGGAAUCUCACCAAAUGGUGAAAGUGAAACCUCCUACCAACAGUACGUGGCCAGGAUGAGGAAAGAGUUGCAAAAAGCUUAUCAGUUGGCAUCUGAUGCUGCUACAAAGAAUCACCUGAAAAAUAAAGCCCGAUAUGACCAACGUGUGAGAGACCUACCUUUGGAGAAAGGAGACCGAGUUCUCAUACAGAAUGUGGGUCUAAAAGGCAAACAUAAACUCCAAGAUCGAUGGAAAUCAAUACCAUAUGUUGUUGUGGAGAAGUUGCCUAACCUGCCUGUUUAUAAGGUUAAACCAGAGCAUGGUUCAGGUGUGCUGAAAACUCUCCAUCGAGAUCAUCUGUUACCCAUCGGUUACAUGGUCAGGAUGUUUAACCCAGCAGAUGAUGCAAGCUCUGUUCGGAGACCUGUAACAAGAACUCAACGUGCUCAGAAACGUCAACCAACCAAGUCUGAAGAAAGUGACACAGAGUCAUCAGGUUCAGAGUUUGAAACCGUCCACAAAUCUCCAGAUUUUGAUAUGGAUGAGGUCCGGAGACGGCUAAAGAUAAAUCACUCUGUGGGGAAUGAUGAGAGUGACAACUCUGAGGAGGAUGGAAAAGCUGUGGAGGAAAGCUGUGAAGUUACAGAAACUCAACAACUUACAGAGACAGAGAAUGAGGAACCGCUUGAAGUUGAUGCACCUCCUAUGCCAUACUCUGAUGUCCAAGAGACAAAUUCUGAAUCUGUUGAAGAAGAUUCUCAAGAUUCAGAAGAGGGAGCAAAGUCACCUCCCUUACAAAGAAACAAACAUAAUAUAGCUGCUGAAAGAGCAAAAAGUGAAAGGUCUUCUACAGUCCGGACAUCCUUGAGAAAACCAAAGCCACCUAUAAGAUUUACUUAUGAGGAACCUGGUCAUCCAUCUUUUGAACCAGUUACCAUCAUGCACCAUGGCAUGGUCAUCCAACUCAAAAUGAACCCUCCAGACCAAGACAAUAAACCAAGGAAAAAGUCCAAAACAUCCCAAAGGUAUAUGGAGGAGGAUAAAAGGAAGAGGGACAAAAGGUGUGAUGAGGACAUCUACACAUUCAGAAGAGGGAGGGUGUAGCCCUGUACAAAAUUUCUAUAAAUUAGAGUUUAAAAGAUCAUUAACAGUGUAAUUCACACACACAUAAAGAAACAAAAGAAAAGUUUAUAAAUGGAGUUCAUAAAUAGUUAAAAUUGGGUAAAAGGUGUGCUGGUUAAAAGUAUAAAUAUAAUAUUUAGAGUUUAAUAAAUAAGACUAUUUACAGAUAAAGUUAAAUUCAUUAUAGAAAGUUUUUUUAUGUUUCAUUUGAGAGAAAAAGUAGAGAAGAAGAAACUGUGUUUAUCUGUGUAACCUAAUCUGUUACCUGUCACCUGUCAAUCAUUUAAUUCCCGUUUUGCUUUUGGUUGUGUUAGUACUUGAGCCAAUUAGAGUAACAUCAUUGUGUAAGGGGCGGGACUAGUGGGACAGGUUUGUGUGAGGAGUAGUGAGCACGUAUGGAAAACGGAGAACAGACGCUAUAAUGAGAGCGCUAAUGAAGGAGGCAUCGUGGUGUGGGAAGCAUUAAUGUUUUUAUGAAGGUCAACUACUCGUGGUCCUUACAACAAAAAACUUUGGUGUGACCUGCAAGAGGAGACGGACGUUGGUGAGCGAGAGACUGGUUUUCCAACCGAAGGCCCUGCUGUUUCUGCUUUGCUGUUUCUGUGUGCCCUGCCGUGAUCAUCUGUGCUGUGCUUCUUCCUUUGCCAUUACCAUCGCUAUUGCCAUUACCAUCGCUGUACUAACUUAACCUGGAUUCGUGAGUACUAACAUUCACCUGCACGUGCUUUUUUGUUUAUGCUCAGUUUCUGAGUGAAGCGGCCAUUCCAGUUUUUAGGCCUCACCGCACACAAAGUGUCAUCGAACAGGCCUGCAACGGGGUUGGACAUUUUUUCAGAGGGAAUGAAUGAUUGUUUAAUUUCCAUAUAACCACAGAAAGGUUUUUUCCUUUUGGGAAAGUGAAGUUUUCUUUGUUUUAGUUUUUUAUUUCAUAUCUUU